AUGAAGAAGAAGUACGAAGGUAAUACCAGAGUGAAACGUGCCCAGCUACAAGCCCUGCGGAAAGAAUUUGAGAUGCUGCAAAUGAAAACUGGUGAGUCUGUUAAUGACUACUUUGCUAGGAUUCUCACAGUUACAAAUAAAAUGAGAUAUCAUGGAGAAAAGAUGAGUGAGAUUGUUGUCAUUGAGAAGAUUCUCAGAUCAAUGACAUCAAAGCUUGAUUAUGUGGUUUGUUCUAUCGAAGAAUCCAAUAACAUCGAUGAACUUUCCAUUGACAAGCUUCAAAGUAGUCUACAAGUGCAUGAGCAAAGAAUAAUUGGGCAUUCUGUGGAAGAAGAAGCAUUAAAGGUGAGCCAAGAACAAUUCUCACUUGGUAGAGGAAGGGGAUGUGGAGGUUUUUGA